CACACACUUAAACAAAACACACAGACACACAUACAAUCACGUGCAAAUACACAAACUUCAAAAAAUAACACACACACACACACUUCGGUUGCAUUCAGUGUGUGUUAUGCUACAUUAUCUGAUUUCAAGAGUGGCAUAAAAAAAGGUAUAUCUUCAACUUAAUCUGUCCAUCCCGGUGAGAGGUGAGAUGGCUCCCGUCUUGGCUCCGCCCCCCCCCACACUCCAUGGACCAAUAAGGAGAGGUUGUCCACCCUGUAUACCUGGGAUCCCUCUCUGUGCAUUGUCAUGUCCGUGAGGAGCACUUACUGAGAGAAGAGGAUCACAGGUAGGGAGAGGGAGAACCGAGACAAGAUCAACCAAGACGGGAAAAGGUCAGAGGUUAGGAGGUAGAAAAGAGGGAGAGAAGACCAAACAAACAUCCUGAGUUUCAUCAGGAGAGAGAGAGAGUGUGUGUCAGGAGAGAGCGAGCGAGAGAGCGAGAGAGAGUGUAUGUAAAGGAAUGAAGUACUUUGCCGGUACUCCGAGUAAAUCUCUGUUAGAAAUGGAAGUAGCCAACUACUGUGAAGGCCUGGAUCCAUCUUUCAACACGCUGGGCUUCGAGAGCACAGAGGUCCUGUAUGGUGGAGGCGAAAGCAUGCCAGCCGAACCGUGCCUGGCCGGGCCUGACGGUCUGAACCCCAACUGUGCCAUCUGUGGGGACAAGGCGACCGGGAAGCACUACGGGGCAUCCAGCUGUGACGGCUGCAAGGGCUUCUUCAGACGCUCCAUACGCAAGAGCCACGUGUACACGUGCAGGUUCAGCAGACAGUGUAUUGUGGACAAGGACAAAAGAAACCAGUGUCGCUACUGCAGACUCAACAAGUGCUUCAAUGCCGGCAUGAAGAAAGAAGCUGUCCAGAAUGAGAGGGACCGAAUCAGCUCCCGCAAAAGCCUACCAGACACCCAUGACCUGCCCCCCAUCACGGUCCUGGCCCAGGCAGAGUCCCUGUCCCAACAGAUCACCACUCCUGUCGGCCUAUCAGAGGCCGCUGAGCAGAGGCCGGCAACCGUGGGAGAUGUGUGUGACUCCAUGAAGCAGCAGCUGCUGGUGCUUGUGGAAUGGGCAAAGUACAUCCCGGCCUUCGGGGAGCUCCCCCUUGACGACCAGGUGAGCCUGCUACGGGCACAUGCAGGUGAACACCUCUUACUGGGGCUGGCCAAGAGGUCAAUGCCCUAUAAGGACUUCCUGCUUCUAGGCAGCGGCAGUGUGAUCCAGAGGAACGGCCCGGAACAAGAGCUCUCUCGGGUGGCUCACCGCGUGCUGGACGAGUUGGUUCAGCCCUUCCAGGACAUUCAGAUCGAUGACAACGAGUACGCCGCGCUCAAAGCCAUCGUCUUCUUCGACCCAGAUGCUAAAGCGUUGAGGAAUUCGUCCAAAAUCAAAGCCAUGCGUCUCCAGGUCCAGAUGAGUCUGGAGGACUACAUCAAUGACCGGCAGUAUGACUCGCGGGGACGCUUCGGGGAGCUGCUGCUGCUGCUGCCCACCCUGCAGAGCAUCACCUGGCAGAUGAUCGAGCAGCUGCAGUUCAUCAAGCUGUGCGGCCUGGCCAAGAUCGACAACCUGCUGCUGGAGAUGCUGCUGGGAGGUCUGAUGGCAGAGCAGGCCCACCUGCACCAUCCGGCCCCAGCCCAGCUGGCCCAGGACCCCGUGACGGGCCACACGUUGGUCAUCAGCUCCACGCCCGUCGCACACAUCCAGCACAUAGUGUCUCCGGAGACCCCCAUUCCUUCCCCCCCGCAGGGCGCCACCGCCGCUGAGGUGUUCAAACAUUUCCCACAAUCCCUUGCUCCUUCAGGGAGCCCGUCCCCCCCGCUGGUGAGCCGUCGCUGACCUUUCUUCCUUGGGCUCUACGCAGCCACACUGCCACCCCCAACUCGGCUCGAAACAACAACUGUGUACAUAAUAGUAAAGAAGACAAAAAAUAUUGAGGGUUAUUUUAUUUUUUUCGCAUAACAUUUCUCUAUAAAUCGGUGUGUAUAUAAAGUAUAGAGAUUUUGAGCGCAAGAAUGCCGAUGCCACUGAGUUUCUUGUUAACUCGCUGUAAAAUGUUAUGGCCGCCCCAGUCGAAAUAAUUUAUGGUUAUUGAGCUUGCUUUUCCCACUCCCUGCCAGCUUCAUUGGUUUAGCAACGACUUCUUACAUGUGUCAAUAUUUAGAGGCCUGACCUGAAAAAACGUACCAUAAAAGAUUAAGGAAUCUAGAUCAUUGGCUCUGUGCUGUUCAUAGUUUCAUUCGGUUAUUUGUAUUUUGUGAUUAAGUAAUGGUUCUUUUCUUGCUAUAGUUCAUGUAUGGGAAGGCCAAUUGUAUAAAGUGUUUCCAUCGUUUUCUCGGUUAUUGUAUGAAUGAAUGAUGUGUACAAGGUAUAAUGUAAUUGCAUUCUAUGUAAUAAGUACAAGAAACCAGUCUAAACAAACGUACAUUAAAGGUGCCCUCAUGUGGUCAAAAAAAGACACUUAAUCCAGUUUGAGAUACUUUCACCACUUGUUUGUUGUCCUUGCUCUGUGGGGAGAACUGGAGAAGUUAAAGGGACGACAAGAGUUAGCAAGAAAUAUAUAUUGGAUAAGAAAGAGAAAACUACAAAGAGAAAUAAAAAAGAUUCUUAAGUA